AUGAAUGGUCUCUUCGGAAGCUCCGAGCCAUCUGCAGCUCCCGUUCAAGCUGGAGAUUCUGAUUUCGCAGAUUUCGCUGGAGCUCCAGAUCCAACUCCAGCUUUCUCCGCAAUCCCUUCGGCGGCUGACUACACUGGACCAGUAGCUACUCCUACUGGCGCUGCGGUUCCUUACACCAAAUGGUACAAUGUUCAUGAGCGACAUUCUCUGAGCGAGUUUAAGCAAGAAGGUAUCAUUUUAGGACUGUUAAUUGUCCUCGUUUCUAUCCACUUGUUCGGAACAGGCACAAACCGCAAAAAGGCAAAAAAAUGGAUGGCUGCACACGCGCCAGUUUUACGCAAGGAAUUUGCAUUAGUUGGGUUCGGUGGCCGCGCUCCAACGACUCAAGAAAUCGAAGACGAAGGAACCGCAAAGUCAUUGGCUAAGCAACUCGAAUUGCCCGAGGAUUUGUUGAAGGAGAGAUCCCCUCAAGAGUACGCAACCUAUGCGACUGGUCGUCAAAAUGUCGCAUUCCUUGAUGUUAACAUCAAGCUUUUCAAGCGUUACAAUCCCUUCGCACUCGCUAUUGAGUAUGCGUUCAGUCUCUUCUUUGACACCGUUGCAGCACCUGUUGAGCGCAUGGAAGCUAUACUUUAUCCUUUUGAUGGCAGAGAGAACCUUACUGUUCCUGGUCAAGCUCCUGGUGCACAUGAACUGCGCAAAGAUACCAAGAGCACCUAUGAUAACUUCGUUUGGGCUAUUGUGAACAAGGAGACAAUGAAGUCACUUCGCGAUGACAGAUAUGAUGUCUCCAUCACUAGCACUAAGGAUAGUCCUAAGCUUCCAAAUUGGGCUACCGUCAUGAGCGAGAGCGCUGAGGUCACCGACUUUUUGCUUACUCCCGCAUUGAUUGAGGCAGUGGACUUGGCUGGAGAUCUACUUGAGCAUCUCAUCAUUACUGAUCAACCAAUUGAUCGACCUUUGAAACUUGAUGAUACUGUCCCAAAGAAACGCAUCUAUCUAUCCAUGAAACUUCCUUCUGGUGACGAUUACACCCGGGUUCUUCCUCUCUUUGAACACUUCAUCAGAAUCACGGAUCAACUUGCAUCUGGCGCUCAUUUCCGACCGGAAGUCAUGCGUAAAGUGCGCAUGACUCGUGAAGAUACUAUCAAGAGACUUCAAAAAGCGGAUGAAGAGGAAAAGGCCGAGGAGCGUGCACUAGAACGUGAAAAGGCCAAGAAAUUGAAGAGGGAUCUCGAAUUGAAGGGUCUUGACGCCAAGGCACAGAAGAAGUACCUCGAGAAGGAAAAAGAAAAAGAGAUGAGAAAGGCUCAAAAGAAACAAACCCAACGAGGAUGA